AAGUAGCAAAACUGACAGUGAAGCGAUCGAUACCAGCAGGUUUGUACAACACAGAAGAAAAGAGACGGUGAGGUGAAAGCAGCAGCUAGCCAUGGCUCAAGCACAGGCGACGAGAGGCGACCCGAUGAAGGCCCAGCAGGAGCAGCCGGAGCCCAUCCAGUACGGGCACGUCUUCGCCGUCACGGGCGACCUGGCCGUCCAGGCCAUCGCGCCACGGGACGCGGAGGCCAUGCGCACCGCCGAGGAGAGCGUGCAGGGCGUGCAGGUCCCGCAGGCCAGCGGCGGCGGCUUCAGCGCCGCCGUGGCCAUGGAGACGGCGGCCGCGUACAACCAGGCCGUCGGCGCCGUCCGCCCGGGCCAGGCCAGCGACGCGGCCACCAAGCAGGGCAUCACCGUCACCCAGACCGCCGUGCCAGGUGGCCGCAUCGUCACCGAGUUCGUCGCGGGGCAGGUGGUGGGGCAGUACUCCGUGGCCGACCAGGCGAUGAUGCAGCAGCAGCAGCUGGUGGAGGAGGACGCGAGCAAGGUGACGAUCGGCGAGGCCAUGGAGGCAGCGGCCCUGUCCGCGGGCGAUCGGCCCCUCGAAGAGACCGACGCGGCGGCCAUCCGCGCCGCGGAGACCCAGGCGCAGGGAGAAGACAAGGUCAUGCCCGGCGGCCUCGCCGACCAGGCGUGGGCCGCGGCGAGCGCCAACGCCUGGGCCGAGCGCGACGAGGACAAGAUCACGGUCGGCGAUGUUCUCUCGGACGCGACGACGAAGCUGGCGGACGACAAGCCGGCGGCGAGGGAGGACGCGGCCAGGGUGGUGCAGGCGGAGACGUAUAGCGACGCCGGGGCGCGCACCAAGGCCGGCGGGGUGGGCGCCGCGGUUACCACGGCGGCGAGGCUAAACAAAGAGGACGACGACGACGCUUGAAUUUUCACGUCACGUGCUACGUCUCGCGUGUGUGCUGUGCACUCGGAUCAGACGGAACAAGCAGAACAAGGUCGUGUGUGUAACCUUGCAGGCGAAUCAAAUCAGUAGUAGAUUCAGCCAGCCUUGUGUGUAAUAAACAAACACAAAUAACAGCGUUGAUCCGUCUGUGAGUUUGUA